UUUUGUUUCUCUCACGUUGGGGCUACUUGUUUUAGGGCGCAAAGGAACGGCUUCGAAAGGGGGUAUUUCCCCUGCCAAGAACCGGGAAUCUUACCCCGGCCAGCGCACGCGACCCGCCGGUGCGCCUCGGCCCGCGGACAAUCCUUCAUACACAGACUUGGAAUCUUCCCUUUUUUUACUCCAUUCAAUCAACUUAGCAGGGUUUCAAGAGCAGCAUUUAUAAAUUUCCAGAAUGGAGAUCUCCUCUCAUCAGUCUCACCUCCUGCAACAACUGAAUGAGCAGCGCAGGCAGGAUGUAUUUUGUGACUGCAGUAUUCUGGUUGAAGGAAAGGUCUUUAAAGCCCAUCGAAAUGUAUUAUUUGCUAGUAGCGGCUACUUUAAAAUGCUUCUUUCCCAGAACUCCAAGGAGACAAGUCAGCCAACCACAGCAACAUUUCAGGCUUUCUCCCCUGACACUUUUACAGUUAUCCUGGACUUUGUCUAUUCCGGCAAGCUCUCUCUCACAGGUCAGAAUGUCAUAGAAGUGAUGUCCGCUGCUAGCUUCCUUCAGAUGACCGAUGUCAUUAGUGUAUGUAAGACCUUUAUUAAAUCUUCAUUAGACAUUAGUGAAAAAGAAAAGGAUCGCUAUUUCAGCCUUUCGGAUAAAAAUGCCAGUUCUGAUGGUAUAGAACGCUCCUCUUUUUAUAGCGGUGGCUGGCAAGAUGAAAGCAGUUCUCCACAUUCUCACCUAAGCCCAGAUCAAGGAACAGGUAUAAGUGGGAAAUCUUGGAGUAAGUAUAAUUACCAUCCAGCCUCCCAAAGGAAUACUCAACAGCCUCUGGCCAAGCAUGAACAAAGGAAAGAUUCCAUUAAAAAAUCCAAACAUUUGAGGUUGUCACAGCCUUCUGAAAUGGCUCAUUAUAAGUCAAGCAAACGAGAAGCACGAACAUCUGAUUCUUCCAGCCACAUCUCGCAAUCUGAAGAACAGGCACAAAUGGAUGCGGAAAUGGACUCUACUCCUGUUGGCUAUCAGUAUGGUCAAGGAUCCGAUGUCACAUCAAGAAGUUUUCCAGAUGACCUGCCCAGGAUGAGGUUCAAGUGCCCGUACUGCACACAUGUGGUGAAGCGGAAGGCAGACCUCAAGCGCCACCUUCGUUGUCACACAGGAGAAAGGCCCUAUCCCUGUCAAGCUUGUGGGAAAAGAUUUAGCCGGCUAGACCAUCUCAGUAGCCAUUUUCGAACAAUUCACCAGGCAUGCAAACUCAUCUGCAGAAAAUGCAAACGCCAUGUGACUGAUCUAACAGGUCAAGUGGUACAGGAAGGAACCAGGCGCUACAGACUCUGUAAUGAGUGCCUUGCUGAAGUUGGCAUAGACAGCCUCCCCAUUGAUUUGGAAGCUGAACAGCAUCUUAUGUCCCCAUCAGAUGGAGAUAAGGAUUCCAGAUGGCACUUGGGUGAGGAUGAGAAUAGAUCAUACGUGGAGAUUGUAGAGGAUGGGUCUGCUGAUCUGGUCAUACAACAGGUUGAUGAUAGUGAAGAAGAAGAAGAAAAGGAAAUAAAGCCCAACAUCAGGUAGCUGGGGUGUGAACCAACAGAUCUGGCAUGUCUGCAACUUACAUUGACUUCCCAUAACUCUCUCUUUCCAUGGUCAGAGUCUGGUUAAAAAUUAUCAGACUGACCUGAAAGUAAUGACCUGAUACCAUUUGCAUGCUUUCUGAACAGACCAUUGUAUCCAUUCUGAACUUUGUUGCCCUAAAAUCUGUUGCUGCACUGGAAAGAAAGAAAGACCUAGCUUGAGUUGGCAUGAUGGAUGAACAAUUAAUCCUCUUACUUUUAUUACAGAGAUACCUUUUUUUUUUAAUAUUGGAAGAUCUACUUAGUGAACUUUUUUCAAAGAAAAUAUUUUAAAUAAAUUCACCACAACCAAA